ACCUGGCUUAUAAUUCAUUUGCAUCCUCUCUGGCGUCUGUCAUCAUCAAUGGCCCUAAUCGCCUUUUCUGGUUUAGCUUCAUCUUCGCUUUUACCUUUCAAACGUGUAUCUGGUGGAUCAAAACCAAAGCAAUGGAGUCAGCUACUUCAUUCUUCUUCCAAAAGAUUCACAACCUCUUCGAAGCCAUUUAUUGUUUCCGCCUCUACGGGGAGUAAUCAGGAUUUUCUUGAAAUACCUAAAGCUGAAACGGAAACAUCCCCUCAUACUUAUUAUAAUUGGCCAGAUAAGAAGAAUCCAAGAGUUUGUAUAUUAGGUGGUGGUUUUGGAGGCUUGUAUACUGCUUUAAGACUAGAGUCACUUGUGUGGCCUGAUGGCAAAAAGCCGCAAAUACUUCUCGUUGAUCAGUCUGAACGUUUUGUUUUCAAGCCAAUGUUGUACGAGCUUCUUUCUAGAGAAGUAGAUACAUGGGAAAUAGCUCCUCAUUUUUCAAAGUUGCUUGCAAAUACUGGUGUGCAGUUUUUCAAAGACAGGGUGAAACUCUUGACUCCCUCUGACCAUUUGGGAAUGAGCAGCCCAAUGGCAUCCAGAUGUGGAGGAACUGUACUGCUUGAAAGUGGCCUCUUGAUCGAGUAUGACUGGUUGGUUCUUGCUUUGGGAGCUGAACCGAAACUUGAUGUUGUACCAGGUGCUGCAGAGUUUGCAUUGCCUUUCUCCACACUGGAGGAUGCAUGUAGAGUUGACAAAAAGUUAAGUGCAUUGGAGCGGAGGAACUUUGGCAAGGGCUUCCUGAUUCGUGUCGCUGUUGUUGGUUGUGGUUACUCUGGGGUUGAAUUAGCUGCAACACUAUCAGAGAGGCUGGAGGAUAGAGGAAUAGUACAAGCUAUUAACGUGGAAACAACCAUAUGUCCAGCUGCCCCCACUGGCAGUAGAGAAGCUGCGUUGAAAGUUCUUUCAGCUAGGAAAGUUCAACUUCUCUUGGGCUAUUUUGUCAGCUGCAUAAGAAGAGUUGGUGAAGAUGACACUUCAGUAAUACCUGUAGCUAGUGCAUCAGUUCUGAAUAUUGCAAGUGAACAUAAUUCUGAAAAAUAUAUAUUGGAACUUCAACCAGCUAUAAAGGGAUUAGAAAGUGAAAGUAUUGAAGCAGAUUUAGUACUGUGGACUGUUGGGUCUAAACCUCUUCUUCCUCAACUGGAACCUUCAAGGAACCCCCAAGAACUUCCCAUCAAUGCCCGAGGACAAGCAGAAACAGAUGAAACUCUUCGUGUUAAGGGCCAUCCACGUAUAUUUGCACUUGGUGACUCUUCGGCUCUAAGGGACUCAGAUGGAAGGCUUCUUCCAGCCACUGCUCAGGUCGCCUUUCAACAAGCUGAUUUUACUGGUUGGAAUUUGUGGGCAGCAAUCAAUGACCGUCCAUUAUUGCCAUUUAGGUUUCAAAAUUUAGGUGAGAUGAUGACUCUGGGAAGAAAUGAUGCUGCUCUUUCUCCAAGUUUCGUCGAGGGGCUAACUUUAGAAGGUCCUAUUGGCCAUACCGCAAGGAAAAUUGCAUACUUGAUACGAUUACCGACAGACGAGCACAGGCUUAAAGUGGGAGUCAGCUGGCUCGCCAAGUCUGCCAUAGAUUCAGUUGCUGUAUUGCAGAGUACCUUAACAAAGGUUCUUCAAGGCUCAUAGUUGUUUUGUCUUUCCAUAUAUCUGGUUUUCUGUUCUUAAAUAUUUUCGCUGUCACUUAUUAAAUCCUCAACCUCAGUGUUGCGUUGGAAUAUGAUCUUGAGACCUCUUCCUCGUGUAAACAAUAAGAGACCCUACUAACUGAAUUAGCUAAUAUACACAAUUAUCUCAUGCUGUAUAAUAUGUUCACUAGUUUGCUACAUCAUAACUUAACGAAUUUCUUCAAAUAAUUGAAGGUCCUGAGAUCUUCAAUAUAGAUUUUUGUAGAAUUUAGAUGAGAGAUUUGAUUUUUGAUUUUUGGUUGGAGAGAAAGUGAGGGAAAAUGAGAGAAAGUUAAAGAAACACACUGAGAGAAAAAUGUUAUUUUUAUUCAUUGAGUAUAAUUCUCAGAUGAAGUUA